AUGGGUUGGGGCCGUUCCCGUUACAGCAUUCUGCCCAUUGCGACCGUUGCGGGCAUCGUGGUGGUGUGUCAGUUGCCGUAUGGCACGAAAUCGCCGGUUGAGGAACUAGACGGCCUGGCGGAAGAAGGCUACCUGCCCCACUGGAUGGUCCCCGUGAUCAUAGGGCUGGCAGCAGUGUCUUCGUGCGUUUUCUUGGCCGGAUGCUUCUUUUCAGCCAAGAUUGCUGCCGGCUUCCUGGUGCCGAAGACUCUUGUCGAUCCCCUGAUCUACUUGGAGGAGGCGUCCAGUGCUGGGGCUCGACUGCCGCCCAGCCGCUGCUCGCUGUGUUUGUGCCCGCCCUGUGCCAUCUCGGGCUAUGAGACGGGAGAUUUGCUGCUGGGGUCCUGCAGACGGGAGUGGCGUGUCAGCUGGAUCCCGGUCUUGGGAUCUCUUUAUGCUCUUUUUUCAUGGCGGCCCCGAGAGGAGAAUAUCCAGGGUGUGGACUCCCAGCGCACGGUUCGCUGGCCUCUCGCCACCUCCUCUUUGGUGGGCAGUGCAUGCGCUAUCUCCUUCUGGGAGUCCGGAGACAUGAUGACAGGCCUUUGUAGAGGAGAUGCCAGGCGAGCCCUUUGGUGCACGGUCUUUCUCUGUCCGAUGGCCUGGCCUUGCCAUGCGCGCUGGGCCUGGGCUCCCCAAAUCAAGAACUUCCGACGCACUUCCGGCACAGUGCCAGACGACCUUGUGGGCCAGCCAAUGCUCGUACGACAGCCUUCACCGCAGGUGUCCGGAAACUUCCUCGUUUUCCAGGACCAGCACGUCGGGCCUAAUGUGAGCUUCCAGCAGCCAGAGCUGUACACGCGUGAUCUUGGCCUUUGUGAAACACUCGAGGACUGUGUGGAGACCAUGACUUCUGAUGUGGACGUGGCGGUAUGGAAUCCCGACACCAAAUCACUGAGAGCCUUGGCAGUACCGCAACGAGCCAUGUUUUCGGUUCCCUACCACACAGCAGUUGGCAUGACGACUCUGCAAAAGAAGUGGAUACCUCUCCACACACAACACUUGGACCUCUCCCACGGACCCAGAGUACACUACUUGGGAAGCCUCGGAACGGCUUGGACGAGCCAGGAGUGCUUAGAGCUUUUGCUGAAGCAUCCGAAGGCCAACUACGCUGUGUGGCUGAGGGAGCAGGACCACGUGCUGCACAUCUUCGACAUUUCCCCUAAAGUAAAUGCAAAGGCGUUGCGAUUCUACAAGCAGCCCGGGGUCACAAGCUUCAGGUCUACGGCUCAGGUGCGCAGUCCGGAGCCCUAA